CGUUUGUGUAGGGACAAAACAGCUCUGCGGCGACAUUGAAACCGUCGUGGCAGGACAACAGGAGCGCAUAUGCGAGAUGUGUCUUUUGGACGUGGAUGAGUACAAGCACACGGACACCCCCGAGCCGAGGGGGGAGAUUCUUCUGCGGGGCCCGUUCCUCUUCAAGGGCUACUACAUGCAGGAAAAACUCACGCGAGAGGCUCUUGACGAGGAUGGCUGGUUUCACACGGGUGAUGUUGGCAGCAUCACAACACAUGGACGCUUGCGUAUUAUUGGCCGUGUGAAGGCAUUGGCGAAGAAUGUGCUGGGAGAGUACAUUGCAUUGGAGGCACUGGAGUCCAUGUAUGCACACAACGCACUCUGCAUGCCUAAUGGUGUGUGUGUGCUUGUCCAUCCUGCCCGUUCGUACAUUUGCGCGCUGGUGCUGACAGAUGAGACAAAGGCUAUGAUGUUUGCGAAGGAGCACGGCAUUGAGGGCAGCUAUCCGGAUAUCUUGCGUGACCCGGCGUUCCAGCGCAAGGCCACGGAGUCCAUGCAGGCAACGGCACGAAAGGCAGACCGGCAGAAAUUUGAGUGUGUGCGGCAUGUGCGUGUCGUUGGUGAUGAGUGGACGCCUGAGAAUGAGAUACUCACGGCGGCUGGCAAACUGAAGCGCCGCGAAAUUGACAAGCGGUACGCCGACGUCAUUCAGCUACUGUUUGUGGAGGAGUGUUAG